AUGCUUUCCAGUCGCUUAAUAUCACGAGCUAUUGCUCGCCCUGCCUUCCAGAGAUCUACGCUUCCCAGCGUCGUCUCGGCCCCUUCUCUGUCGCGAUUCAGCCGCGGAUAUGCCUCUGAGGCUGAGGAGAAGGACCUUGUCGUUAUCGGUGGUGGCGUUGCUGGCUACGUCGCUGCUAUCAAGGCUGGACAAGAGGGCAUGAAGGUUACCUGCAUUGAGAAGCGUGGCUCUCUUGGUGGUACCUGCCUGAACGUCGGCUGCAUUCCCUCAAAGUCUCUCCUCAACAACUCGCAUCUUUACCACCAGAUUCUCCACGACACCAAGAACCGCGGUAUCGAGGUCGGCGAUGUCAAGCUUAACCUCGCCAACUUCAUGAAGGCCAAGGACACCUCCGUCUCCGGCCUGACCAAGGGUAUCGAGUACCUCUUCAAGAAGAACGGCGUUGAGUACAUCAAGGGUGCUGGUUCUUUUGUCAACGAGCACGAGAUCAAGGUCGACCUCAACGAGGGCGGUGAGACCAGCGUCCGCGGCAAGAACAUUCUGAUCGCCACUGGAUCUGAGGCUACCCCCUUCCCCGGCCUCGAGAUUGAUGAGAAGCGCGUCAUCACCAGCACUGGUGCUAUUGCUCUCGAGGAGGUCCCUGAGACCAUGACCGUCAUUGGUGGUGGUAUCAUUGGUCUUGAGAUGGCCUCCGUCUGGUCGCGACUUGGCUCCAAGGUCACCAUCGUCGAGUUCCUCGGCCAGAUUGGUGGCCCUGGUAUGGAUUCCGAGAUCGCCAAGAACACCCAGAAGAUCCUCAAGAAGCAAGGUCUUGAGUUCAAGCUCAACACCAAGGUUGUUAGCGGCGACAAGUCUGGCGAGAAGGUCAAGCUUGAGGUUGACUCCGCCAAGGGUGGCAAGCCCGAGUCCAUUGAGUCCGACGUCGUCCUCGUCGCCAUUGGCCGACGACCUUACACCGCUGGCCUUGGCCUCGAGAACAUUGGCCUCGAGGCUGAUGACCGUGGCCGUGUCGUGAUCGAUUCCGAGUACCGAACCAAGAUCCCCCAUAUCCGAUGUGUUGGCGACUGCACCUUCGGCCCUAUGCUUGCCCACAAGGCUGAGGAGGAGGCCGUCGCUGCUGUUGAGUACAUCAAGAAGGGAUACGGCCACGUCAACUACGGCGCCAUUCCCUCCGUCAUGUACACUCACCCCGAGGUCGCUUGGGUCGGCCAGAGCGAGCAGGACCUUAAGAACCAGAACAUCCCUUACCGAGUCGGAACCUUCCCCUUCGCCGCCAACUCCCGAGCCAAGACCAACCUCGACACUGAGGGUAUGGUCAAGAUGCUUGCCGACCCCGAGACCGACCGUCUCCUCGGAGUCCACAUCAUCGGCCCCAACGCUGGUGAGAUGAUUGCCGAGGGUACCCUGGCUCUUGAGUACGGUGCUUCCAGCGAGGACAUUGCCCGAACUUGCCACGCCCACCCCACUCUCGCCGAGGCCUUCAAGGAGGCUGCCAUGGCCACUCACGCCAAGGCCAUUCACUACUAA